CCUCACCUUUGAUUGUCACCACCUAACAGACUCGUGCGUCGAAUGGCGUGCAACGAACGCCUUGCGAACGGCGCGGAAGGAUACGUCGGACUCCCCAACGUCCCGUACUCCCAGUGCGAGGAGUGGUGCAAAGCCGGCACCGCCCUGGGCAUCACCGACCUCGACGUCUGCUCCAUCGCGUGGAACAACCCGGUCCCGUGGCGCAAGAUCGCGGGCGACUUCGGCGAGGGCGCCAUCAUGGACGAGUGGGCGGGGUACGUGCUCGUGCUCGGCUUCGGCGUCUUCUUCUCCAUCGUCACCACCAUCAUGGUCAAGCUCGAGCAGAUCUACGGCGGCCUCGUCAUCUCGUCCGAGCACUUCAACACGGCCGGUCGUAAUAUCAAGACCGGUCUGACCGCCGCGGUAGGCUUUCUGUCGCUCGGCGCGAGCGACGCGAGGCCUGCAGCGGGCGCGGCGGGCGCGGUCGCCGACGCGGCGGGGCCGGCCGACGGCACCAAGCAGCGGCUGCAGCUCAAGGAGCUCCUCGAGGCCGGCGACUUCUUCUUCUCGCACCAGGCGCCGCUGACGCUGACGCUGCAGCGGCAGUUUGCGCUCGCGGCGGCGGGGAAGGAGGCCCUGGCGUGGGAGCACGUGGAGGGGCGGUUCGUUUGGAACGGCGCGGCGCUGCAGCCGCUCGUCGAGGCGGGCAUCGGGCCGUGGCUCAGCCCGAUCGUCCACGGCGCGCUCCUCUGCGAGCCGCUCGAGCCUCUUUCGGGCGUCUCGAUGACGGCGUGCCUCGUCUCACGCCGGUCGUGCGAGCACGCGGGCACGCGCUUCAAGGCGCGCGGGAUCAACGACGACGGCCACACCGCAAACUACGUCGAGACGGAGCAGUCCCUCCGCUUCGAGCUGCGAGGCGGCGCGGAGGGGGCGAUGGCGUCGCUCGUCCAGGGCGAGGAGGCGGCCCUUGCCGCUGCGCUCGCCGAGUGCGCUGCCCGCGUGAGCGUGCCGACGGGGCAGCGGAUCAAGUACGUGCGCUCCAUCGGCCACUUGGUCGCGCAGGGGCCGCGGCUGGCGUCGGGCGGGCGGCGCGGCGGCGCGGCGGCGGCGGCGGCGGUGGGCCUGGUGCGCGUCAACUGCCUCGAUUGCCUCAACCGCACCAACUUGAUGCUCGCCGCCCUCGGAUUGCACGCCGCGUCGGCGCAGCUGCGCGAGCUCGCCUCCGCCCUCGCGCUGAGCUCGACAGCGGAGCAGGUGGCGCGCGCGUGCGAGCCGGCGCUCCUCGCCUCGCUGCAGCAGAUGUGGUCCGCGACGGGCGACGCCGUGUCGAUGCAGUACGCGGGCACCGCAAACAUCGGCAAGGGCAGCGCGUCGAGCUUGCAGCCCGAGGCUUCGGGCAAGCGGUCGCUCAUCGAGCGCGCUAAGGGCACCGUGCAGCAGGGCCGCAUCGCCGUCAACCGGUACGUGCACGAGACGUUCCUCGAGGACGGGCGUCAGGCGGCGAUCGAGUCGUUGCUCGGCGGCGCUGUCGCGCCCGCGGCGCUCCGCCGCUCGAGCACCCUCGGCAGCAGCGGCGGCGGCGGCGCGCGGGUGCGGCUCUGGGUCGGCACCUGGAACGUCAACGGCAAGGUUUGCUCUGAGGCGCUGCUGAGCGAGUGGUUCCGCAACGGCGCGCAGCACGAGCCCGCGGCGCCGGACAUCUACUCGAUCGGCUUCCAGGAGUUUGUCGACCUCACCGCGCGGAACGUGCUGAGCGAUGACGUGAGCCGGCGCAAGGAGUGCGCCGCGCGGGUCGAGGCUGUGCUCACGUCGCUGCACGGCGAGCGGUACGUCGCCGUCGGCAUGGAGCAGUGCGUCGGUGUGCUGCUGAUGGUGUACGUCCACCCGCGGCUGGUGAGCGCGGUGACGCACGUCCGUGCCGACGUCAUCAAGUGCGGCUUCGGCGUCGGCGACGCGCGCGCGGGCAACAAGGGCGGCACCGCCGUCCGGAUGGCUGUCCACGGCUCGCAGCUCUGCCUGAUCAACGCCCACCUCCCCGCGGGAGCCUCGCACGCGGACGAGCGCAACGACACGUUUGACGAGAUCGUGGCCGGCCUGCAAAAGGCGUACGGAGAGCGGCUGCGCGGCGGCCCCUUCCCGUCGCCUCUCGAGCACGACCUGUGCGUCUUCGCCGGCGACCUCAACUACCGGCUCGAGCCGGGCGGCGCAAAGGAGGAGCAGAACCAGGUCGUGCGCGACGCCGUCGCGCAGGGCAAGUGGGGGAAGCUGCUGCAGAUUGACCAGCUGCGCGCGCAGCAGCGGGCGGGCCUCGCGUACGACUCGUCUGAAAAACAACGCGUGCCGUCGUAUUGCGACCGCGUGCUCUGGCUCGAGCCGCAAGGCGCCGCGUGCAAGCCGGCGGCGGAGGCGUCUCUCAUCGACUUCGACGCCAUCGACCUCGACGGCGACGCGAGCGCUCCGCCGCCGCUGCCGUCGGCAGAGUCCGCCUUUGCCGACGAGUUUGACCUGUCGGAGCUGUUCGGCUUCUCUGCCGCCGCCGAGGGGGCGGCGGCGUCCGCGACGCCCCCCUCGCAGCCGGCCGCCUUUGACCCGCCCGCGUUCGCCGCCGGUAGCGCUCCGGCGGCGUUUGACCCGCCCGCGUUUGCUGCGGGCGGCGCUUCGGCGGCAGGCGCCGCGUUUGACGCGCCGGCGUUCUCCGCCGGGGGUAUGGGGGCGGCGAUGCCGCCGGCGCAGUUCCCCGCCGUGGGCAUGGGGGCGCCGAUGCAGCCCGCGCAGCCCGCGCAGUCGACCGCGUUUGACCCGUUUGCCAGCAGCACUGCGCCGGCCUUCCCGGUCGCUUUCGGUGGCGGCGGCGGUUUCGAGGGCGGGAUGCAGGGCGGGAUGCAGGGCGGGAUGCAGGGCGGCUUCGGGGGCAGCAUGCUUGGAGGAGCGCCGGCGCCGGCGGUCGCCAAGACCGUGCGCCCACAACGCGGCCAGUGCGGCUGCCCGGCGCACGCGGUGUGCGGCAUGUGCGUCGACCAGGGCAAGCUCGCCGCGGCCGAGCAGGCGGCCAUCGACCUGGAGACGCGCUUCCACGCCUCGACGAACGUCGUCAUGGACCUGGAGCGGCCCGAGGACGAGACGGCGGCGCUGCUGCAGCGCUGCGUGCACGUCUCCGACGAGACGAAGCGGCGGCUGCUGGGCGAGUGGAGCGACGAGCGCAUGGCGCACGCGCUGCCGCUGCACGCAUGCGCCUCGUGCGGCGUGCGGGACCCGUCGCUGACGUACACGCGGGUUGACGUGUCGGCGCUGCCGCGCACUGUGUCUGUGCGCGUAGCCGGCGGCGAAGACGAGACGCGGCACGUGUUUGAGCUCUCGCCCGAGCAGUGCGCUAAGUAUCAAAAGUGUGAGGUUUGGUGGAGGCUGUAG